GGAUACCCAUUGCUGCUCCAGAAUUCUCUGCUCUGGCAGGGCACUCUUCCCUUUCACCAUCACUGGAGACAAAGGGUGAGGAUCACCAACACUUGGUCUCUCCCUCCAGACAAACGGAGAGGCCACAAAGAAACGCAACUGCAAACAUCGACUUGCCCAGGAGUGGAACACAAGUCUGUCUCAGGAGGCGGUCUGUCUCAGGAGGGUUCUGAAAGAAUGUCAGCAAAUCCACAAAAUUGAUGAGAUGCAAGUCAACCUUCUGCGUCAGGACAACACCUGGGAGUGUAAACAGACACCACAGCAGCUGCACCAAGGCCCACAACACAACACCCCCCAAUCUGGAGUCCAUCCAGACUGUGGAUGACUUCACCGCUAACCACCAUCACAAUACCUCCUCUUCUGGGCACAGAAUAUCCUGCACACCUGUCUGCUCUUCUUCAAACAGCACGACCCCCAACCCCACAUGUCAAGAGAUGCUGGCUCUCCAAACCCCGCCAGAGAGCAGAGAUCCCCGAGCUCAGGAGUCAGAAUCCAAGGAGGAAAUAUUCCCGGGAGUUAUCAAGUACCGGCUGGGGCCCCUUCUGAAGUCUCCACUCCACUUGCAACGCCCAUGCUACCCACACAAGCCUGGAAGUCAAUACAAGCCUCCAUGGCGCCCCUUCAGGAGUACCCGUGGAGAAUAUUCCAAGCCCUGGCAGACAGAGCCUGUGACUUACCCUGGGGAAGAGACUUCCCACUCAGGUAACUACUACGUGGCCACUACUCACCAGAUUUCGUUCCAGAACCCUCCUCUUGGCCAGUUGAUAACCCCGAUUCACAUUCAGGGCAGAAAAAUAGCUCCAAGAGAGCAGCCAGGCAACAUGGAGUGUAUCAACCAGUAUCAGAGGGACAGCCAAGCUCAUGAGUGCAGUCAAGUCCUCCAACAUGACCCAGACAAGAACAAAUGUCUUAACCUACCUCCUCCCAAAACUCUGGUAGGAGUCCAGGCUAAAAGCCUCUCAAGCACACUCAGGGCCCUCAAAGCCAAGUUCCAAACUGAAACUACUAGCAAGCAAUCCUUCAAGGAUGGUGGAACUCAGCCCCAAGUGUGCAGUGAAGACCCGCAUAACAGAGGCUAUAAGAACUUCCUGGGUAUGGGUUCACAAGUACCAGAUGAGGAUCAAACUACCACGAGGACCACCUACCUGCCCCUGUUUUCUCAAAGGGUGAACCUGUGUAAGCCCAAGGUCGUCAGCAUCAAACGUAAGGCAAAAAGACCUCCUCUGCUUAACAAAGGAAAACACUGAGACCAGUCCUGCUGCCUGAAAACUGGCUUCAGAACAAGGAGACAACAGAUCACCUGAGAGGCGUGAAACCCAGCAGAAUACCACAUGGGCACUGUGUAACUUUGGAUUUUAUUUCCUGAGCUUGUUUCCUCCCUAAAAGUGCCUCUGCUGCACAGGCACUAAUUAGACACAGCCCAGUUUACCUUCUCUAAGCUCUCCUCUGACAACACUGGCCAGUCAGGAAAGUGACAUCCCCAACUUGGUAGUGCCUCCAGCUGACUCUCCUGUUGAAGAAUAAAGUCCUUUUGGGGUGGUCAGGCCUAAAAUUAUUUCAAAAUUCAUGCAUGUCUCAAUGGCUGGUGGACGGCAGCCUUUCUGCAGGAGUCUGAGAAGUGCACACUGCAGCCGAGAUGACUGCUCUCCAACCACAUCCAGUUUUCCCUUAACUCCUGCAUGAGUAUUACAUUGCCUAGGCUUCCCUGACUGAGCAGCAGCCAUGUAAGUUCUAGCCAGAAAAAUCUGAGUGGAAGUAUGUGUCAUUUCGAGAGUUGGCCCGUAACAUCUGCCAAGCGGUCCUCUGACAAAGGCUCGACUUACUAAAACAGUAAUGCCUAAAGCAACCUUGGAAGCCAUGUUAACACUGGCAUCAGGCUGGUCCUGAAAUGACUUCACAGAGCAAAGCUACCCUCUCACUGGCCCCUCCUGAAACCACUCUGGGCACUCUAUGUGUGAGGUGAAAGAAAAAGCUUGUAAUGUGCUAAACUAGCCCAACUGGAAGAUGCCGCAGCAGUCUGGACGCCCCUACCCAUUGCAGGUUCUGUACGGCAAUUCCAUUAGAGCAAGACCUUGAUUCCAGAUGGCUGUUCAGGGCCAUCAAAACACAGAACCAAAAUGCUCAUAUGCCCAUAUUCAGGACACGCCAUCACAUUCACCUGUGCCUGGGCCCGUUGUUUCACUUUGCCUCCUCCAUUCCACAUUCCAGGCCUAUUCUGUUCCCUCCCAUGUGCCCUACUGCAGUGAGUCAAGGGGCAUAACCGCCAUAGAAAGUAAUGGUGCUUUGUAUGUUUACUUAGUUGUUUUUUGCUGUAAAUUCCUUGUUUUUCUUCACCUAGAGUCUAUCAUGUCGCCGAGUUCCUAACUCUUGCAUCUGACUGCUCUAUAUUAUAUGUCAUCAUUCAUAUUUACCACAUUUUACUUAUCAGUUCCCUUAGGAACAGACAUCUAAGUUGCUUUAAACUUCUUCGACCCAAACUGUACCAAGAAAAACAUCCUUCUACAUAACUUCAUGUGGAUUUGUGCAAGUUUCUCUUAAGUAUACAGUCAGCAGUGGAACUGCUUUGAUGCAGGGUAUGUACAUUUAAUGAGUUAUUUAUUGUUGUGAAAGAAAUUACCUCAACCCAAUGGACUAUGGUAGAGGAUCAUUAGGACUCUGGUGGUAGGAAUAGUGUAAUAACAUACAAUUGUGGAGGUGUGUAACCUACAGCCCUGCAACAUAAACAGUGCUGUAAAUCAACAUAACUUCAUUAAAUACAGUUUUAAAAAAAUAAUGCCCUCAUAAUGAGA